CAGGGAAGAGCGCUGGAGCUGGUGGCGGGAGAGGGCGUGUCGAGGGCGGGCUAAUAGCUGUGAAGCUUGUAGCCAUGAAAAGUGCUGGACUUGUUGCGCUUCACUCACUUGAAUCAACCUCGCAAUAUAGCUAAGAGCUCACACAUCUCUGCCUGUAACAGUACAUAGCGAGCCAAGUUUCACACAGAAACACUGCGUGUUAUGUUUAAACGUUCAGCCUUUGAUGUUAAGUUAACGAAAGUUGUAAAGUUCCCAAGGAGAAAUCUCUGUGAUUAGUAUGGGCUUCACAGUAGACUUUGUUUUGUUCUGACCGCUAUGGAUUACUGAGAAACGGCACUCACUGAGCGCGACUCUUGGCGUCCAUAUCAGCUGGGACCUUUUGGAGAUUAACAUUUGUGAUCGAUUAGAAAAUGGGGAGUAAGACUCUGCCGGCCCCCAUCCCACUACAUCCGUCCCUCCACCUUUCCAACUACUCUUUCCUCCAGGCAGCACACAGGCCUGCCUUACCUCACACUGCCGACCCCCUACACGGGCUCUACGGCGUCAGGACGGUGCAGACGAUGCAGAUGAACCACUGGACUUUGGGCUACACGCACAUGCAGGGACUCCGAUCAACCAUCACUGAAAUGUCAGCUGUGCAGGGCCUCACGGAUCUUCGAUUCUCGCUCCCUGCGUUACCGUUCACUGCACACUUCUUUCAUCCUAAACAAGGAACGAUAACUCAUGUAAUUCCAGCCCUACACAAAGAUAGACCCCGAUUUGACUUUGCUAACCUUGCUAUUGCGGCUACACAAGAGGACGAGUCUAAGACCGAUGACCUGUUAAAGCUCACAGCAGGUCUCGGCAGCCAGAGCUCAGAGUUAAACAAACUGUCACCAAACAGAAAACCCCCACGCGGGAGGCUUCCGUCAAAGACCAAAAAGGAAUUCAUUUGUAGAUUCUGUGGAAGAAACUUUACAAAGUCCUACAACUUACUAAUCCAUGAGCGCACACACACAGACGAGAGGCCUUACACCUGCGACAUCUGCCAUAAAGCUUUUAGGAGACAGGACCACCUCCGAGACCACCGAUACAUCCACUCCAAGGAGAAACCGUUCAAAUGUCAAGAGUGUGGAAAGGGAUUUUGUCAGUCACGGACUUUGGCAGUUCAUAAAACAUUACAUAUGCAGGAGUCUCCUCACAAAUGCCCCACAUGCGGAAGAACCUUUAAUCAAAGAAGUAAUCUGAAAACUCACCUUCUCACCCAUACAGACAUCAAGCCCUACUCCUGUGAGCUCUGCGGAAAGGUGUUUCGGCGCAACUGUGACCUGCGACGGCAUAGUUUGACACACACACUCCACCGGGACUAGCAGCUAAAGCAAAAAUAAACCAAAUGCCCGUGGCACAUAGCAGAAUUCCCUACUGAUAUCUCGGGACACCUUUAUUGGACAGAACAUGAGACCCAAAGUGAAGAUAGCUGGAGACUCUGUGAUGCUGAAUUUUUACUACAUCUACAAAAGCGGUUACUGAAGAUGGAUGAAUGAAACUAUUAGCCAUUAUAAACCGUGUUAAAAUGUGGAUGUUUGUUGAAAUGAAUAGUAGAAAUAAAAUUGGAUGUCAAGAUAGUGAUCUAUUUCAUGGCACUUCGCAAAGGACUAUUAAACUAAUUAGACUAACCAUUUCACCUCUCUACCCUAUUCUUGAUGUUGUUGUGAAAGCCUGUAACAGGAUUAUGAAUUCUUACCAUGUGCACUGUAAGCCUAGAUGAAAUCAUUAUGCUUAAAAAUUGAAGUAUCCCUUUGCCAUAAAGGUUAAGCAAUAAUGAACAAACGGAAAUGUAAACGCUGAGGUAUACUUAAGGUGCGAAAUAGCACUGCAUUGAGUUUUAGGUACAACAAAGUAACAUUGUAUGUUGGAAUAAUAUAAAUGUAGGAUAUUGUAACUAAUAACGUUAGGUUAAUGUCACUUAAAACUGAUUCAAAUCAUUUUACUUAUCCAAACGCAGUCGUUUUGUUUCAAGCUGGUGGUAAUGAUGGCAGAAACGAGCGACACAGUCUCGAAACGCAAGCUCUUACGUCAUCACGUAGUGCAAUAAGCUCGCGGUGAACAGUCCAAUCAGAAUCAGCUCUUCUGCUGGUCUGAAUACAGUAACUCCAAUUACAAGGGUCUUAUUCCUGCAUGCAACUGAAAACGCACUUUCGAAAACAACACGUAGUUCCAUUAUAUAGGAUAGGCCUACAUAUUACUUCUAAUAAAGUUGUUUCUAAAAGCUACAUGUGUGUUUUCUUUGAGAUAACUUAACCCGAUAACCCAUAGAAGUAACCUGUAAGUACAAGUAAUGUCAAGUACACCCGAAAAUAAAAGCUGAUGAAAGUGAUGAUUUUAGCGGUUUGUUUGCUGAUACGUUUGGUAAAGCUGUCAGAAUAAUCUAUGCGUUUAUGUGUGAGGGAGAUGCAACUAGUGCAGCUACUGCACGAGGUAGUCACGUAUAAUUAGACUAUUAACUUUGUUUAUUGUUGACAAUAACGAAUCAUGCAUUUGGAAAUUACAUCUGUAGGUCGAAAAAAGCAGUUUUUUUAAAAAAAAAAAAAAGUUUUUAAAAUUAUUCAGUUAGUCUACGGUGAAGUUUGAUAUAUGUGAGAAGACUUUAUCUUUAAUAACAAGGCACCAAUGCUUAGACCCCUGAAGACACACCGUUGUACCAUCAGCCCUUUGGUUCUGAAUCACCAGGUAAUAUGACACAGUGGUUUAGCACCAUGAACAUGUAGCCCAUAAUCAGCAGCUCAGAGGCAGUUUGCUCAGUGACUUGAACAAAUAGAUUAUUAUGACAGCUUAUUAACCAGUCAUUGUUAUACCAUUAUAAAUCAUCAUACAUCUAGCUUCAGAAGGAGACACAAUCUAUCAGCAGUGUGAGUGAGUGAAAUGCAAUGGCCCACACUGCGCCUUCAUCCGAGCUGCUUGCACCGUGAACCUGAACAGUCCUAUCAGGCCCUAUACGGGAAAUAACUACACUGCUUUAAAGAAUAAAGUUUAAAGUAUAAGCAGCAUGUUUUUACCUGCGUUUCCCUGGGGCAAAGGUUUAACCUACAACUCCAAUUUCCAAAAAGAUGAUAAAUAAUUUAAAACAAUUUAGGACUAUUUUAAACUGCUGUCUAUGUUCAGCUGGGUUUUACUGUGUGUAAGUUCAUACUGUGGGUUAGGCUGAAACGAAUCCCAAUCUUAUACAUGGCAAAUCAUGCAAUCUGUACUUGAUCACUAUAAUGAAAAAAAUGUGAAAAUACAGCCAAAUUGUAAAAUAUAAAUAAAUUGGAGCUUAUGUAUCAGCUUAAAUGAGCUUGUAUCACUAAUGUAAUUUGUCAGUCAGGUUAUUCCUUACUCCUUAUAGAACUUUGCCAUCUCAUAUGAAGGAAAAAAGAAAACCAGGAACUCAGAAUGAGUAAUAUGGAGGGUAU